AUGGAUAAAAGAAAAGUAUUUGAUAUUUUUAAAUUUCGUGAAGUUACUAAAAAAGAUGAUUUUCCGCUUACAAACAAUGUGGAUACUCAAGAACAAAAUGAUCAACUAGUAGAUGAUCCAGAUCCAUGUAGCACUGAAACAGAAACCAUUCAGGUUCAGGACAGACCCAUUGAUAAACCCUAUUCACUUGUAUCCAGCUCAACGAUUGCAAAUAGUUUAGAAACAGAUCUUGGAGAUAUAGAUUCGGUUUCUAUAAGACCUAUGUUAAAGAUUUAUCCAUAA